CGUCAUAAAGGAAAAAAAUAUAAAUAAAACAACACCUAGCCACAACACCAACAAAAAUCUAUAAAAACCGUUAUUUGAGAAGAUAAAAAUAAAAAACAGAAAUUUUAAGAAACACAACAUUAAAGAACGUCACACAAAACAGAAGUAAUUAAAUGUAAAAUGUCCUAUUUGCCAAUACAAAACAAUGAAAAUGAAUUGAUAUUAAACACUCCCAAUCGCUUGGAAAUACUUAAAGAGGGCGCACCAAUUAAUCAAAUUAAAAGUAAUUUAUUGGGACGAGGAACAUAUGGUACAGUAAUUAAGGCUAUUUAUAAAGCAAAACCGGUAGCAGUUAAAAUUAUAAAAAAUUCACAAGAUGUAAAUAAACAAACCGCUGGUAAUGAGGCCCAUAUAUUGGGUUGGUUACAUCCAAAUAUCGUGAGAAUUUUUAAGAUUGAAUCUACUCCAAAUUUUUCCAUUGUGGUAAUGGAACGUUUUAAUGGUCAUUGUUUGCAAAAAGUUUUGGAUACAAUUGAAUUACCUUUAAUUCAUAGGAUUUUGUAAGUAUUGUCUAGUCUUUUGUUUAGU